GCAGCGUGCACAGCGUUGAGUUUGCACGGCGCUGAGGGCGUUUUAAAUGUGGACUGUGUUAAGAAUAACGGGUUUCUCUGGAGGUGGUGCGCUGCUCUGAAACCAGGAAGUGGGAGAGAUGUUGUCUUUCCUACGUCUUUGCCACGCUGUCUGGAGUCGGAAGGACACAGAGUUUUAUUUUUAACUCUGAAAUACAGCUUACUUAAAAUGUGAAUUUUAGUUAAUCUAUUGAGUGGAUUUUAUCUUUAAAAGAAUAGCGCUCGAGAGCUUUGCGUUUUACGAUUGGUUUAAUGCCUCAUCGUCAAAAGAAAUGUGGCAUAUCGGAAGAAAAAAACACGCGGAGCAAAUACAAUUUAAAACCGCAUUGGAACUUAUUAAGUGUUAAGAUGUGUUCCAAAAAAACAUCGGGUUUGAGCAAUACAAUUCAUGCUUGCUUCAUGUCGCAGAUGUCCCGUUAUCUAAACGUGGUCGCUCUGCUUUCUGCACAUUUCAGCGCUAAAUGUUAAGCUCAGUGAGCAACAUUUAUCGCGUAAUUAUUCUUUUAAACGCCACUUUGUCUUUUACGACUUGAAAUGCGUUACUGUAAAAGUGUCGAGCGGAUAUUUGACUUUUUUUCCCCCCGUUGAAUGUUUAGAUUUUAGAGCUAAUUUGAUGGCGGAAGCAUUGUUAUUCCACUGGGCUGUCUAAAGUUUGAGUGACAGCACUUGUUGUCCAAUAGUAUUGGCGUCGCGUUCGAAAUCCUACACCUAACCAAUCGUCUUGCGUUUUUCGUGGGGCGUCGAUCAGAGAAGAGGCCAAUCAGAUACGAGGCGGGGAUUGAGUGGCAGGAAGCUCGGAGAGCGUCUUCAGAAAGAACUGGAGGGAAAGCUCUGACGACUGUAAACACGGAAGUGAGGAGGGACAGCACUACUUUCUAGUGGACCGCUAUUUUAGUGACAGAAAAAUAGUACCACAAUAAUACGUUUAAUGUAAUUGUUGUUUACGAUUGCUAAAUUAUUGCUAAUAAUAAUGUAUUUAUUACACGAACAGCAACGUUGACGUGAUUAGAUAUUUAGCAGCUGUUUGUAGUGUUUUGUGUACAAUUAUGUGAAUGUUCAUUACUUGGUUCUAUCGGUAGAAAGUUUUAAUUCAUGUCUUUUAACGUGCCUUUGGUAUUGUUUUGCCUUUUUCUAGUUUUAGGAUUUAUUUUUGUUUGGCCUCUAUAAGGAAUAUUUAAAUCCUUAACAAGCCAACAUUUAUCAUUCUUGUGUUCUUCCAAAAAUUAUAGUAAAGGAGCAACAUGAUGUGGAAGCAUCAGUUCAUGGCUCUGUACAAUGCUCUGACAAAACCAUUGAGGCUGCUGAAGCUCUUCUACACAUGGAUUCUCCCUCCAGCUUGCGUGGAGACCGGAGCCCAGAAGUAUUUGUGCCUCCAUGUGUCAACACUUCAGAGUUCCUGCAUGCUGCCAUGCGACCAGAUGUGCUGACAGAGACCGUGGUGGAGGUCAGCACAGAGGACUCAGAACCCAUGGAGGUGGUUACUGUUCUUCAGGAACCGGAGAUGCUGGAGACGGAACCAACCAAAAGAAGAAAAUGUGAGAACAUGAACAUUAGCAAAGCUGGGCGGAAACCCAAACCCCAUCACAUUUCAAAUGGAUCUCCAGACCUGGGCAUCAAGAAGAAAUCUAGAGAAGGAAAAGGAAGUACAUACCUGUGGGAGUUCCUCUUGGACCUGCUGCAGGAUAAGAACACCUGUCCAAGAUACAUUAAGUGGACACAGAGGGAGAAGGGCAUCUUCAAACUGGUGGACUCCAAAGCUGUGUCAAAACUGUGGGGCAAACACAAAAACAAACCAGACAUGAACUAUGAAACCAUGGGCAGAGCCCUCAGGUAUUACUAUCAGAGAGGCAUAUUGGCUAAAGUAGAGGGUCAGAGGUUGGUGUAUCAGUUUAAGGAAAUGCCUAAAGACAUUGUCGUCAUCGAUGACGAUAAGUGCGAUCCUGGGGAAGAAAUAAUUGGAGAGAAGACCUAUGAGCGUGUUCCUCCCUCAUCUGACACUCUAUUGGCAACUGACCUCUCCAAAACCCCCGCCAUCUUGAGAGGGGCCGGUAGGACUGUGGUUCAUGCAGGUUCCCCAAAACCUAAAGCUGCGCUUACUGCAACUCCUGUUCAACGCAUUGUAACGGUCUCUGCGUCAACAGAUCCAUCCCAUGCCACCAUUAUCCCCAAUGCCAAUGCACCCAGGACUGUGCGGGUUGCUAUGCAAGUGCCGGUCGUAAUGACCAACUCCUUGGGGCAGAAGAUCUCAACAGUGGCCAUGCAGUCAGCGAACUCUUCACUCUUCACUACAGCGCCCACCAACACCGGCUCAGCGGCUGGUGCGAACGCACCCAAAGUUCUAAUCCAGACCAUGCCAACGAUGGUUCCCGCCACGGCCGAGAACGGUGACAAGAUCACGGUCCAGCUCGCCAAGAUAAUUACCAUCCCCGCAACCCAGCUCACGCAGUGUCAGCUACAGGCCAAACCGGGCACCCCAACGGGCAUCAACCUGAUGGGCGCCCCCCUCGCCGUCCGAGCCCUUGCCCCCGUGUCUGUGGCGCCCGGGGCGCAGGUGGUCCGGUUGGCAGUCCCAGCCCAGCAGAGUCCAGCUCAGGCGAAGACGCAGUUCCCCGUUUCAAUCCAGACGCAAACUCAAGUCCCGAUCUCUGUUCAGACGGCGUCCACUCCAGUUCAGAUCCAUAUUCAACAGAGCCAGCUUUGUCCAAAAGCAAAAAGCGCAGAGUCAAAACCCGACAGCACUUCAGCAGAACAGCCAGAGCAGGACAAUCCCACACAGGAAGCAGCAGCGGUGGUGCUAGAGGAAGCUUCAAAUCCACAGUGUGAAGCAGAGAGCUGAAGAGUGAUGCCUUUAGUCAGUCAUGAACUAUAAUAAAUAAACUUAUAUUCCCCAGAUAUUAUUCAAUAUCACAUUCUGGGAGUACAAACUGGAGAUUUGUUAACUUGUACAGUUUCGGAUUCGGAUUGUGGUUUCAUUUUAUAUGUUAAAAAACAGAAAAAGACAAAACAAAACAGGCAAAGACCACAAUUCUUACAUCAUGUGGAUUAAAUCUGGAUGUCCGUCAUUUCAUUUGUUGUUAAAAGGGACCAAUGUAAAGGACACUACAGUUAUUAUUUUUUUUAAUCUAACUUUGACACUAAUAACAGCUAAGCAGAACACUAAGGAGUGAGUAGUUGAAGUAGUCGAGUAUGUGAAACUUUGAGGGAGGAUACAUUCAACUUUUUAUAACUUGUAUAAAGAGUUUUUUUUUUCUUGAACAUUUAAAUUGCAAGGCAAAACCAGCAGUUUCUUUUGACGAUCACUGUGAGCGCACGCUUCUGCCCGUGUUUCACAGGAACGUGUCGAUUCUUCCUCCGCUACUAAAGGAAGAAAUGGACUUUGUAUAUAUUAAUUAUACAGUUUACUGAAUUUAUAAACAAUGCAGCCUUAGAACAGUUUUGUUUGUCGUUAUUCUUUUAAGUCAAGCUUAUUAAGCUUUUGUGUUAUUCUCAUGUUUGUUUGUUUUGUUUUUUUUUUUCUUCCCUCACGCAUUUUACCAGUACAGUAUUAUUGGCAAACAAACUGCAAAUCAUUUUUGCAUUCUCAUCAUAAUCAGCCAGAUUAAAAAGACCGUUCUGAUUAGGUGUAAGUAAAUCUGGAUCCAAAUCCUGGAAAGAUGCCAAUCCCCAGGCCCCAAAAAGGUCAAUCAUUAGCAUGCAUCUUGACUUCAGAUACAUUUGUUGCGCAUUUUUCUUUUGGUUUUAUUAGUCCUUUAAAGAGGGAGAACGAGAUGUUCGUGUUCAGAAUAAUCUAGUUUGUAUAUUCAACAUUUGAAGUAUGCUCUAUUUUGUUGUACUCUUGUUUCAAAGUGUACUCAAGUAGAUUUUACUCAAAUACAAAAAAUAUUCCUGAAUUUGA